CUCGGCCGGCCCCGUGAGGCGGGGCGGCCACGUGGGAGCUGCGGAAGGAGGCGGGCGCUCGGAGCGUGUGUCCCCGCUGUGCGGGGAGGAGCCGCGCUGCUGCGCCGGGGCCGGUACCGGCAUGGGCCGCAAGAAGAAGGGAGGCGGCGGCGCGGGGCUGCGGCGGGCGGUCAUCUUCGAUGAGGCCAGUCGGCGGGAGUACCUGACCGGGUUCCACAAGCGGAAAGUGGAGAGGCGAAAAGUGGCCCUGGAGGAGAUCAAACGAAAAUUGAAAGAGGAGCAAAGGAAGCUGAAAGAGGAGCGGCACAAGGAGUACCUGAAAAUGCUGACAGAGAGAGAAGAGGCCUUAGAAGAGGCUGAUGAGUUGGAACAUUUGGUGACAUCCCAAACCGAGUCUGUGAGCAUUGAUCAUCCAAACCACACUGUGACAGUGACUACCAUCAGUGACCUGGACCUCUCAGGAGCACGCCAGCUAGGACUUAGCUCCCCUGGGGAAGGGGGCACUGAAGCAGAAGUAGAGAAGGAGCCACCGAGCAGAUUCACAAGUGCAUUGCCCAAGAAGUCUGGAGAUCCCUUCCUGUCUGAGAGGAUCUCUUCACUCACUGCCUCCCUGCAUGCACGCAGCCGGAAGAAGCCCAAGAGAAAGCAGCUGAGGCGUGGCCAAAACCCACAUAAGAAAACCCAGAAACUCAGUGCUGGGCGAACCAGCAAGUCCCAGCGCCGAAAACUGACCGGCAAAGGAAGGUGCAAUCAAGACUAAUAGAUAAACUGAAGUGGAUAUUGCCUGCAAGGCUAGCCUGUGCCUUUGGCAACAGUGUCUGCCCAAUGUGAAUGCCCGGUUUCUCAUGGAUGGGUCCUUGUUUGUACCGCUAAAGUCCCUCUGACUCUCCUCCUGGCUAGGGACAGCGAAUGCUGGGCUCAUUAUUUUUCACUGUAAUUGUAUGCAGUGGAAAGUCUGUUACAGUCUCCACUGGGGGACUGCGAAUCGAGCCCUGACCCUGCCUUUUCUACAUUGGCCCCUUUGUUUCCUGGAACUUUCUCUUCCCAUGGGAUCAGAGGAAAGCUAGUGUCUCCCCUUACACAAAUGGAAGAGCUGGGUGUGGGGUGAAUGAUGUUCAGAUGGUUUACAAGAGGAGGCAGGACUCCCCUUUCUCUCAUGCUCUGUUGCAUUGGCUUUACCCUCUGUCUGGGGCAUCCCUCCUGACUUAAGAAAACUGGCACUACUUUGGGUGCCUAGAGCUCUUUGUACAAAGCCACAUGCUUUUAUAUAGCUAACCAAGGUGAGAUCUGCUAACCUCCCUGCUGUGAAUCUUGAUAAAUAUCACUUUGUAAGGGAGAAAAUACACAUGCCUUAUUGCAGAUGCGAUAGAUAGUAGCUAAACCUUGUUCCAGUUGGGAGAGAAGGGGCUGAUCCUGUUUGAGGGCUUUGAAUUCUCCAGCCCAUACCCCUCAGGGAGGAGGGAUGCAUAUGAAGAUGUUUCAGUGGUACUACUGAGAGAGGCAGGACUGAGAGACUCCAUUGGUGGCUAAAGGCAGAUAUCUUACAUCUGGACAUGUGACAGUUUUGAGGAGUAAGAAGUCCCCUAAUCCACUGGCCCAGCUGUGCUGUUAUGCCAGUGGUGAUGGCAGAGAUUCCCCCAGGCCCUUGCAAUAAUUUAUUUCUACCCUCUUGUAUGAGAUGUCAAUACUUGUGUGAGCAUGAAUGUUUCUGACAGAAGGGAGCGGUUUGUUCCCCUUUGGCUUGACUAGAUUUCCUGUCUAUAUCAACAAUGCCACCUAGUGGAGACUCUAGUUAUAGCUGCAGACAUAUAGCUGUUGAUGAGUGUUGUCCUGUUGUCUGUUAAACAAUCUCUUAACCUUUCCAGAUUACUGUAUCCCUUUGAGGAGUCUGACUUGUUUUGUGUACUCUCCGAGUUUCACCUCACUUUAAAAACUACUUGCUUAGAAAAUCAGACAUAAAAAUACAAAAGUGCCACAGCCAAACUAUUACUGGAAAAUGGCUGACUUUAUUUUUUACCAUACAAUUCUAAAAUAAAUCAGUUGGAAUAUAAA